GGUCACGAUAUAAAGAGUUUCAUUAACGGUAGUUUUCAUAAUAUUGAAGAACUUUUAACCAAAUUUUAUGAAAAUGUCGAGAAUGAAGCUUUAUAUCAAGGAGAACAUGAGAGUGAGGGAUAGCUCAAAUAAUUUCGUCCUUGUGGCUCUUUAAUUACCAAAAAAAAAAAAAAUAUCAAGGAGAACAACAUGAUCUAAGUUGAAUCUAAUUAAUUAAAAUUCUCAUAUAAAUAAAUCGGUGUUUUUUCUGUAUGUCUGGCCACACCGUGCAUGGUUACCUACUCAGGGGUUACUUAUUUAAGGUUAUUCAGUCGGUCAAGAGUUACUUAUUCUGUUGUUACUCAGUUAAUUAGCGCGUUUUCAGUGUGAGACUAAUCUCUUACCAACCAAGUAACCCCUAAGCCCUGAUCCACCAAGUAAUUACAUAAUAAGUGACCCCGCAUAUACGGUAUGGCAAGUGGCCAACCAAAUAUGAAAAUUAUUAUAAAUAAAGAAAGAAAGAAAAAAAUUAAAAAUGAUUCCAAAAACCUCAGUGCUGCACUGCUGCUUAUACUCCAACCGCGGUCGUGCUCACCUCCAUUGGCAGUUGCCACCCUUUUCUCUGCUCCUUUCGAAUUCAUCAAUUUUCUCCCUUCUAAAUGCUCUGAUCCUUCGCAAUUACUGAGUUCAUUGAGGAGAAAUGUCGGUUGGUUCAUUAUUCAAUCUAUCAAACUACUACAGCACUGCAUUAAAUGAGACCAACUUGAACAGGCAUAAGACUUGCAAUUUUGUGCUUGAAUGUAAGGCUAUAGGUUUUUCUCAAACCAAAGAUGCUCUAAGAGUCACAAAUUUGGCCUUGUCAAAUCGAAAUACUGAUGUUUUCCUUGUGAAAAGCUAUAAUGACAAAUCUACUAAAACACUGCCUGAUUUAGAGGACAAUGGGGUUGUAGAGGAUUCUGGAAACGGUAAUGGAAAUUUUCCACCAGAAAAUGGAGGUGAUGGCAGCAGUGGUGGUGGUGGUGGUGGCGGCGGCAAAGGCGAAGGGGACAAUGAGGAUGAAAAGGAAUUUGGUCCACUUUUGAAAUUUGAGGAUGUGAUACGAGAAACUGAGAAACAUGGGGUAACUCUUCCCUCGGAUAUACUGGAAGCUGCUAAAACUACAGGGAUAAGAGAACUUAUACUGAUGCGAUACUUAGAGUUGCAGGGGUCAUUUUGGCCACUUGGCUUUCUGAUGCGACAUUGUUCAAUGCUCCGCAAUAGAAUGAUAGCAGAUCCUGCAUUCUUAUUCAAAGUUGGGACUGAGAUAGUUAUAGAUUCGUGUUGUGCAACAUUUGCUGAAGUUCAAAAAAGGGGGAAGGAUUUUUGGAAUGAGUUUGAGUUGUACGCUGCAGAUCUUCUAGUUGGUGUGGUUGUCGACAUAGCCUUGGUUGGUAUGUUAGCACCAUAUGUUCGUAUUGGGCAACAGACAGUAUCAAGAGGUUUACUGGGACGUUUCCAGCUUGCUUGUCGUAACCUACCUAGCAGCGUCUUUGAAGCUGAAAGACCAGGAUGCAGAUUUUCAGUAAAGCAAAGAAUUGCAUCAUACUUCUACAAGGGUGUAUUAUAUGGGGCUGUUGGAUUUGGAUGUGGAAUUGUUGGACAGGGCAUUGCGAAUAUGAUAAUGACUGCUAAACGGAACAUUAAGAAGUCUGAUGAUGAUGUACCUGUUCCGCCACUUGUAAAAAGUGCUGCACUCUGGGGUGUUUUUCUGGCAAUCUCCUCUAAUACACGUUACCAGAUUGUAAAUGGAUUGGAGCGUGUAGUUGAAACAUCACCAUUGGCGAAGCAAGUUCCGUCUGUUGCAAUGGCUUUCACAGUUGGUGUGCGAUUUGCCAACAAUAUCUAUGGUGGUAUGCAGUUUGUGGAUUGGGCUAAAUUGAGCGGUGUGCAAUAGCUUGAUUCUCAGUCCUGUAGCCAAAUCUUCACUUGCACCCCCCAUGUCCUUUCAUAGAACAACAAUGCUGCAGUAUUCACAUCACAGAGGCCCUGGCCGACUUUGGUUACAUUUUCCCUAACUCUUCAUGCAUCACAUAUACAGCCUUUGGUAGUGCCAGGAAGCAGUUCAAAGAUGUUCGUUCCACUGUGUGCUGUAACAAGGAGCAGCAGCAAGCAGGACAGGUUUUCUAGUUCUUUAUGUUAUCUUUCUGUUCCAUAUUCAAUAAAGGAAAAGGAUGACCACCUGACAAUUUGGAGUUAGAUUGCUAUAGAAACUGAAGACAUUUUUUUCAAAAUUUCGGCUUAGCAAAAGGUGUUGCCAAAUAUUAUAUGGAAACAAUGUAGAUUACUUGAUUCUGGUGAUAUGUAAUUGGUGGAUCAUUUGACAACUACAGGAGAACUAAGUGCGCAGCAAGUGUUGAUCAGAAACAGCAAAUUUGCUUCUUUUUCUUUUUCUAUUUCUUUUUUUUUUUUUUUUAACUCUCCUGUGUUCUUAGUCUUCUUACGUCUAAUUUAAAAUAUGAAGUAUAAAGAUAAAUUUGGGGCUCUCUCGGUUUUCUGACAGAGUGGUGUGGUCUCCUCCCCCACCCGGGGUUAUAAAGAUAAGUGUCGAUGCCUCAACCAAGGACGAGGGGUGGAUUGGUUUGGGGGCUGUUGCUUGUGAUAGCUCUGAAAGAUGCUCCUUGCUGCUGCAAGAAGAGUGAAAUGCGGUGGGAGCCUCUUGUUGCUGAAGGAAGGCUGCUUUUUUUGGCUUGAAGAAAGCAAAAGAUCAUGAUUACAAGAGUGAUUCUUGAAUCUGACUCUGAGGUUCUGAUUACAAAGCUGAAGAAUGCCCUCACCCUUUCCACUUUUGAUAGCAUUGCUGAAGAUUGUCUAUUCUAGCUCUGUUAUUUCUUCCAUUUUUCUAGUCUCAUGUUAACCAUGAUGGGAACUUUGUUAGCUAGGUUAGUGUCAUUUGGUUGUGAACAAUGUUGGGAAAACCACGCUCCUACUGAGGUCUCAUUGUAUAUACUUGAUGACACUCUUACUAUGAUAUAAUAUGCGCUAACCGGCUAAAAAAA